GCCAUUGGCUGUCUGUCGCCUCCCGUUACGAACACUGCUGGUCUGCGCCUUCCCAUCUCUGCGCCCGGCAGUCGCCGUCGGAAGCAACAGGUGGCUGCAGUGAUUGGCAUCAUCUUUGCUGCCGUGUCGCGCAGACACGUCUCUGACACACGUAUUGAAGAGCUUUGACGGCGAUAGUACGAAUCGUUCGUUGUUGCUUCGUGCGUUCUAUUAACUGACGCUCCGACCUUCUGACUCGAAAAGCCGACAAACUGUGAGACAACGUGGAAAGUGGCACAUGUUGCGAAAUUAUUAACUGGCCAGAGCUCGGAGUAGAGCAUCGAUCUUAAUUUAGUUUUCUCCGCCCACAAUGUCCAACAACACGACGCAGACCGUUGUAAAGUAUGCUGAUGCUGACCGAGAAGCCAACAUCGUCACCCAGCUGCAGCCGGCGAGUGACAUGGCUCCACGACGUCAGAGGGGGCCCACGUGCAGCCACGACUGUAUCCCCAUGGAGCGCAGGCUGACGCUGGUGGCUGCGACCACGCUGCUGGCAGCCAUCGCUCUCGCCGUCUCGCUGGGCGUCCUCUUUGUCAAGUGGCAGCACCAGCCCAGAGCCAGUCAGGCGCCAGUAUCCCAGUCCAACAAUCAGAGCCAGGAGGACCUCUGCCUCACACAGGGAUGCAUCAAAGCAGCGUCUGAGGUGCUGAGCAAACUGGACCCGUCGGCGGACCCCUGUGAUGACUUCUACCAGUACGCGUGUGGCAACUACGUGCGCACCACCAACAUCCCGGAUGACAAGUCGUCGGUGGACACCAUCUCAGCUCUCACCGACCACCUGCUGGAGAAGCUGCGCAACGCCAUAGAAGAGGAGCUGACCGAAGCUGUCGUCCCACGGAGCCUGCAGCUGGCGCGCGACUUCUACAGGGCCUGCAUGAACAAGCCACAGAUCGAGUCCCGCGGCGUGGGGCCGCUCCAGAGGGUGCUGCAGGAGCUGGGCGGCUGGCCCGCCGUGGAGGGUGACUCCUGGCAAGAGGCGGGCUUCGACUGGCGGCAAAGCGUCUACCGCUUCCGCAGGGCCGGAUUCAGCACUGACUACUUCAUCAAGUUCUCGGUGGCGACCGACCACCGCAACUCAACGCAGCGCUGCAUUUACCUGGACCGGGCAUCGCUAGGACUAAGUCACGAGUUCCUUCUGAGGCCUCCCCCAAACAAGCAGGUGGAUGCAUAUUACAAGUACCAGGUGGACCUAGCAGUUCUGCUGGGUGGUGACAGAGUGCGCGCACAGCGUGAGCUCAGGCAGUCCCUCGAGUUCGAGAGACAUCUGGCCAUAAUCUCGCUGACAAGAGAGAAGAGGGGCAACGUGACGCGGCCGUACGAACCGCCCACCGUGGAGAAGCUGCAGCGGGCGUACCCGUCGGUGCCGUGGCUGGAGUUCCUGGAGGCGCUGCUGCCGCCACGCGUCACCGUCUCCAGCAGCGAGGCGGUCGUCGUCCUGGCGCCGUCGUACAUCGAGCGCCUCUUACAGUUGCUCAGCCACACCCCCAAGAGGGUGAUCGCCAACUAUGUCAUGUGGCGGGCAGCUGAGGCCCGGGUGAGGUUCAUGACGAAGGAGAUGCGCGAGCGCCAGCUCGACUACAACUACGCCCUGACCGGCAAGAGAGAGCGGCAACCCCGCUCGAGGGAGUGCGUCGAAAUCGUCGCUACUGGCAUGCCGCUGGCUGUGGGCUCCAUCUAUGUGCGCAGGUUCUUCGACAAGGAGGCCAAGAACGCGGCGCUCGAGAUAGUGGACGACAUCCGCCAGGAGUUCCUCCACAUGCUGCAAGAGGUGGACUGGAUGGAUGAGGGCACCAAGAAGAAGGUGCUAAAGAAGACCAAGUCCAUGGUCGCCCACAUCGCCUAUCCUGAUGAGUUGCUGGAUGACAGCAAGCUGGACCACUUCUAUGAGAAGCUGGACGUCAACUCAACCCUCUACCUGGAGAGCUUGCUCAACGUGACCAAGUUCCUGAUGGACUACUCCUUUGGUCAACUGCGGCAGCCCAUCAACAAGACUUCAUGGACCACCCAUGGAGCGUCAGCUACUGUAAACGCCUUCUACGACCCCAGUGAGAACUCCAUAUUGUUCCCAGCGGGCAUCCUCCAAGGAGCCUUCUUCAGUGCUGACCGCCCCAAGUACAUGAACUAUGGUGGCAUCGGCUUUAUCAUUGGCCACGAGAUCACACAUGGCUUCGAUGACAAGCUGAAUGGGCUCAUCACACAGGGGGAGAACAUCGCAGACAAUGGCGGAAUCAAGGAGGCGUACCGCGCCUACCUCGCCCUGGAGCGCCGCGCCGGCCAGCCAGAACUGAGGCUGCCCGCGCUGUCCAGCCUCUCUCCACGGCAGAUGUUCUGGGUGUCCGUCGCACAGGCCUGGUGCUCCAAGUACCGUGUUGAGCAGAUGCGCCAGAGCAUCUUGACUGACGUUCACCCACCGAGCCGCUUUCGCAUACUGGGCCCAUUCAGCAACCAGCCCGAAUUUGCCAAGGACUUCGAGUGUCCACUUGGCUGCCACAUGAACCCGAAACAGAAGUGCCAGGUGUGGUAAAGCGUCAAGAGCCUGAUAGCCACACCGAAAUGUCAGGAGUCUAUCACCAGCUGCCAAGUUCCUGAUGUCACCCACUGUCCAUCGCACACAUCCGACUCCCAAAUGCACAGAUAUCCCGACUCAGUGAUUCUGCAGAACAAAAGGGAAUUUAAUGCUGUCAACGAUCGACCAAUACUUCAGAUACGAAGCUUUGUUUGUGUGUAAUCCUCACUACACGGGCUCCGACGUGUUCACUAUUGGACUGGAUUCUCAAAACAGGCUAUCAGAUGUAUCCACAGAGGACUGGAAACGGACUGUCCAGUUGCUAUGGUUUUAGCACAUGCUUAAUGGGGAUUGCCAAUUGUGUGUGUGUGUGUGUGUGUGUGUGUGUGUUUGUGUGUGUUAUCA